AAAACAAACAAACAAACAAACAAACCGUUGUCAGGUGCAGGGUAACUUCGUCAUUGUUGACAGCUGCAUCAAAGGCAACCUUAGCUAGUUAGCUACAGGCGACAAACUAUUGUUGGUUAACUUUAACAGUUACAGUAGAAUCUAUUCCGUAGACUUACAAUGAGUUUAGACUCACUCUUUCAUCAAAUCCUUCUGACUGAACAACAAUUAACUGAGCAGACCCAAAAACUCAAAGAAGUCAAAGUAGCCAUCAUCAGAUGUAAUGAGAAGAUCAAGAGCGCCACUGAAAGGUAUGAAAAGACCAAUGAGGAACUUAAUAAAAAGGCCCAGCAGUUGUCUGCGAUGAGGCUGCAGCAUGAUCUGAUGAAGAAAUGUGCAGACCAGAUGUCGAAGCAAAUUGAAGAGCUGCUCUGCCAGAAGAGCCACCUCGGGGAACGGCUAGCCAAGAUAAAGAGGGAGUCUAAAGAAGAAGAGGAAAACUACCUUCAGGAGAUCUCAAGGUUCAACAGUGACUUCAGUCUUCGAGGGAACAGAGAGAUAGUGUUCGAGAGCCAAACACACGCUGAGAUCCUGGACCUGGAGAGGGAGGUGGAAUCAUUGUACAAAGAGAUGGAGCUGAUGAGCCGCAGCAACAGCCACAUGAGCUCCAUGCAGGAGGAGAAGAGAGCACUGCAGCUCAAACUACAGGACCUGGAUAGCAUCCAGAAAGACCUGGAUCGGCAGUUCGCUGAGGCUAAAGCAAUGACAGAGACUCUGAGAGCGGAGAGGCUGUUUGUCAGUCAGAAACCUCUCACUGACAGCACCUGUCUGAGGCUGAGGAAGGAGCUGGAGACGCAUAAAGAAGGCGAGAUCGAGCUUCUGAGAGAGGCGCUCAGCUCGGAAAUACAGUUCCUGAAGUCAAAGCUGGACAGCAGCCAGGGAAGAAAGCAGCAUUAGUUUUGGCACAGUGAUGAUACAGGAAGGUUACAUUAAUUCAUUGAUCAUCUCUUCUGUUAAAAAACAUACAUGCUGAUGAAUAGACGGGAGCGAAAGGCUUGAAAGAAGUCAGGAAGGAAACAAAGGGAGGGACGUGUGAGUGUGUGUGUGUGUGUUCUUUAAUAUUUACCUAAAAAGUUACAUGAAAAGAGCAAAUUUCGUUCUGGGAGUCUUGUUAACAAAAUGUUAGAGUUGACACUUGUAAACUGUUAGUGGAAAAGCUGAUACAAAAUAGACAUACAAUAUCACAAUUGAUAAAUCUUUUAAGUGAAAUAUAUUUUUUCUUUUACAUUUCAUUUUCAAGCUAUACACUGCAGGUCUGUUUUUACCUUCAAGUAGUUGUUUUAAUGAGAAAAUGUAAGCUUUUUAUUACUAAUUUAGUUGCUCAGGACAAACAACUAAGCUCAUACACAUGCCUUGUGAACAGAAUGACAUGUGCGUCAUCCCUUGCAAAUAAAGGAGGCAUUCAAAAAGUGAUUUAAUACUGCCCUCUAGUGUACAAAGAGUAACAUUGCUAUAAUGGGGGUUGAGUCAAAACAGAUGCUUAGAGACUGAAUUAGCAUUGAACAGCAUGUAAUUCAGUCACUGACAUUGGGAAUAAUGCAAUAAAAUAAAAGCACUUACUUACUUUCACUGCUGCAGUUAUUCUGUCCAGAGAAUAUAACACUAUUUGGCCAAAAGUAUGUGGACACCAAAGCACAUAUAUUUCAUUUAUUGUACAUGUUAUUCCAAAAACACAUGGGUAUUAAUAUGCUGAUGUAUAUGGUGUUCUGGGAACUUGGCCGCAGGGAUCCAUCCCAAUGCGGUCUGAUACAGUUGAGGUCAGGGCUCUGUGCCGGCCAGUCAAGUUCUUCCUCAUCAAACUGGAAAAAGCGGGGGGUUUUUAUGAACCCAGUCAUGUUUAAACAGGAAAAGGCCUGCCCCAGACUGUUGCCACAAACAUAGAAGCUCAAUCUUGUCGAAAAUAUAAUUGUCUGCUCCUUAGUUGAUGUGAAUUAAGUUGUAGCCUGUCCUCUUCCAGGUCUCCAUGGUGGAGAGGAGGUCUUGUGGCUCAGGUCAAGUUUGGCUAAGCGUUCUUGUGGAUCCAUUCUUCAUAGAUAUUACAAUCUGUUCUACUCUGUACACGUGUUUGUAUGUCUGUCCAUCCUGGGAGAGGGAUCCUUCUUCCGUUUUUCCACGUUAAAGGGUUUUUUGGGGUAUUUUCUUCCUUAUCCGAAUCGAGGGUCUAAGGAUAAGAGGGUGUGCUGUACAGAUUGUAAAGCCCCCUUAAGCAAAUUUGUAAUAUUGGGCUGUAUAAAUAAAAUUGACUGGACUUGACAAUACUCACACUUGUUUUGUUUAUAUGUGAGUCAGUUACCAAGAAAAGCCCACCUUACCACUGCUCAUCCCUCAGCCCACAGACGGUUAUUUCCGUAAUUGAUGAUUAGACAGUCUGUCGGCCUACACCAGAGGGUCAUUCUGCGGGUCAUUUUCUCCCUGAUUAGAGUGAUUCCUAAUAGAAUGAUGUGGAAUGUCAAUGGCUACCUAAUGAGAUCCUGCAAUCUCAUUUUGACUUUUUAACCUUGAUCUCAGUGAGCUACGUCUGGAUGUGUUAGCGAAAACCGAGAGCAGACAGAACAGGAGUCCAUUUGGCGGAGUAGUUAACCUCAUUUCAACUGCUGCUCUCGUCGAGACCUCGCCAUCAAGCACAUAAACAAUGAGUGACUAUUAACAAAAUGAAGUCAGAAGGAAAGCGGAGAAGAUGGCAACCAGAACACUUGAAGCUGAAUCCCUCCUUUUAUGGAAAUGCAAUGAUCCAGGCGUUUAUCUUCAGAGAAAUCCCCUUUAAUACAAAGUGUUCGUGAUUGAGUCAUAGACUGUAGUACAGUCGCUGCCUCGCUGAAACAAUACGGUUGUGUUUGCCGUGUUUAGGUUCACGUCAUUUCCCACCAAUGACUGGACCGUGGGGAAAUUCCCCGGGAUAGCGAAUGUAGGGUUACUUAGACGAGUAAUCCUCAAUUUACGUUUUAUUUUUCAGCUAAGGUGCAUCCAUGUAGCUUCUAACUAAAUAUAUAAAGUAAAAUCGGUCAUUACAGGAGAGAUCAAAAUCUUGGGUCCUGCUUUUUCAAAAGGAAACGAGUCAGUGUCCUAAAAUUGCCUUACCCUCAGACCCCAU